AUGAUGGACAGCGGACGCCAUACGUGGAGUUACGAUCGCCGCAAGUACCGAUGCUGCUGCAACGGCAUCAGCGUCAUGACCGGAGGAGUGAUCAUCGCGGCGAUGAAUCUGGUCUGGGCCGGCAAAUACCUAGUCUUCAACAUCCUCCAGUUCCCAUGGUUCAGUGAACAGUUCCUGUUCGGCAUGUGCUACUUUUUUCUGCAGCUGGCGUUUGCCAUCAUCCUUCUGGUCGGUCUGAAGCGACAUAGGAGCGGCUUUAUUCUGGCCAGCUUCGUGUUCCUCGUCGUUGACUCGGUUCUGUUGAUGUACAUGACCAUUCACCUCCUGUUCGCACUGUCCGCCGCCAGUUCGUACGUUUACGUGGCCGACUACCCGGAAGUGGUGCCGUCGUGGCAGCAGCCGAUCAGCUGGGUUGAGUGCUGUGUUUAUAUAGCUCUGGCAUCUAUCCGCAUCUGGUUCGCUGCCGUGCUGUACCGCUGCUACGACUACGUUAAACAUCUGAAUGACACCGCCACCACCGUUCGUUGUAAUGUUCCGGAAACACCGCCCCCACCGUAUGACAUCGAAAACGGCACCAGCAAUCAACAGGAACUUUUCACCAUUAGCCAAGGGCCUAUCAUGGAGAAGACUGAUCAUGCCCAGGACAUACCCCAAAAUACUAAUACGCCAAACUUUCGAGAAAAUGUUGGUAUUUAA